AUAUAUUUUGGGUAUUUUCUAUGACAUCCACAAACAAAGCUAGCGUACUCACUCCAAAAGAAGAAUCCUCUUAUAACACCAUCCACGCAACCUAUUUGCCCCCCACAUUACAUAUAUUCCCCACAAUACUCCCAAUUAAAGAACCGAAGGCAUACACUAUGAGUCAACAUUCAACAAAAUGCCAUCAUCCACUAAAUAAAAAUUUGAUUUGAGACAUAGAAUAAAGCAUCCUCCAAAGCUGAAUCUUAUGCAAAGCUUCAAAUUUGCUCACACCUUCCCAAAACUUUUCUCUUCACUCUCUCUCUCCACUUUUUCUUAAUCCUUAAGUCUUCUCUUCAUCAUCUUCUUCUUUCUCUUGUUUUUAUUCUCUUUAAUACCUACAAACAAUAACCCAAAAAACCUUCUUUCUUCUUCAAUGGCAGAUACAAACUACAACUACACCAAAUACCAAACAAUUAAUAACAACCCAAAUAAGUUCUAUUCUCAUUUCCUCUACAAAGCUCUUUUAGUCACUAUCUUUUUAGUCAUUCUUCCACUUUUCCCUUCUCAAGCUCCUGAGUUUAUUAACCACACCCUCAAUACUAGAGGAUGGGAAUUUCUCCAACUCAUUUUUGUUGGUAUAGCCGUCUCUUAUGGUCUUUUUAGCCGAAGAAAUGACGAAACAGAAAAAGACAGCAAUAGUAACAACUCUAACACAAAAUUUGACAAUGCUCAAUCCUAUGUUUCAAAAUUCCUUCAAGUUUCAUCGGUUUUUGACGAUGAAACAGAUACUCCUUCCCGGUCUGAUGGAGUCAGCACUGUCCAAACAUGGAAUAAUCAGUAUUGCAGGAAUGAACCCGUUGUUGUUGUAGAAACAGAGCACUCUGUUCUUGAUAAAGAGCAGAAACAGAGAGUUGCUACUAAUUCAAGAAUUAGUGAAAAAGAAAAACCACUUUUAUUACCUGUUAGAAGCUUAAAAUCGCGGGUUUUAGAUGUAGAUAGAGACGAAAAUGUUAAAGCUUAUCAAGAUUUUGAAGAGAAAUUGAAAGAUAACGUAGUGCUUCCUUCUCCAAUUCCAUGGAGAACAAGAUCUGGAAGAAUGGAAAUCAAAGGAAAAGAAGACGGAGAAGAAACUGAUAAUCCUCCGCUGUAUACUCUGCCUCCUUCCAUGGAAGAAUCUUUCAGAGCCACACCAAACAAGUUUUCGCAUAUAUCAACUGAAACACAAGCAAAAGGUGCAGAGGAUUUUGUCAGGAAGAAAAGCAUUUACAGGUCACCUCCUCCUCCGCCUCCACCACCACCACUGAUUAGAAAAUCGAAGUCAAUGAAAGAGAAUUCUAAUCAGGUUUUUAUAGAGAAAGACUUGAAGCGAAGUUUCACAGGCAAAUUUGGAGAAGGUAGACAAAUGCUAUUUGAUGAAGCACCACCAAAGAAAGAAAAGCAGAGUCGAGAUAGAGUGACAUUUAUGGCACAGCCAAGCUUCAAGGAGUUCCCAAAAGAAGAAAAAGAAGAAUAUGUGGAGAAAAUAGUGAUGGAAUCAGAGGAUGAUGACAUGGAAACCGAAUAUGAAGACGAAGAGGAAGAGGAAAUUGCAGGAAGGGAUUUCGGAUUGACAAAUUCAAAGAAAAAUGAACAAGUUGGUAGUGAUGGAGGACCUGAUGUGGACAAGAAAGCUGAUGAAUUCAUAGCAAAAUUUAGAGAGCAAAUAAGGCUGCAGAGGAUAGAGUCUAUUAAGAGAUCAAGUGGACAAAUAAAUAGAAAGGCUGCUGCUUCUUCUUCUUCUUCUUCUUCAAGGUGAAAAUCAUUUUAGAAAACUUUUGUUUGCUUAAUUUCUCUCAUUUAAAUGGUGAUAUAGUUUUUUUUUUUUUUUAAAAAAUUGGUGUCAAUAAUGUUAGGAGAUAAUUUCACAGUACACAACAAUUUGCUUGCUAUACAAUGGUUUCUUUAUGCUAUAGUCUUUUUAUUAGUAGUAGUAUUA